UUGCCUUUGAAAUUCUCUCUCUCGUUUACACAUUCCACACCUUCUUUUUCAGAAUGUCAGAGAAAAUCCCUACCUCCAAACCCACCGCCACAGCUGCUGCUCCACCUGCCGCCAAAGGCGGCGCCGGUGGACUUGCGGCCAGCAAAACAGCUACACCAAACGGCGGUACCAAAACAUCCCAUCUUUACAACCCCACUUCACGCCCACCGUACCGUCCGCAACCCUAUAACCGCCGUCACCAAAAUCGUCCUCGGCGGAACUGUUGUUGUUGCUUCUGUUGCUGGUCCAUCCUCGUAAUUCUCGUACUCGUGCUUUUGGGUGCCAUAACUGGCACCGUGCUCUACGUCCUUUACCGCCCUCAACUCCCCUCUUUCACCCUCGCUUCACUCCGCGUCCACCGUCUGAACUUAACGACCUCCGCCGACUCCUCCUCCUCCCACCUCUUAACCCUUUUCAACCUAACCCUUUCUUCCAAAAACCCAAACUCAUAUAUCUCCUUCUCUUACGACCCCUUCGUCGUCUCAUGCGUGUCGAGCAACAGCGACGUGUUCUUAGGCCACGGAGCAUUGCCGGCAUUCGUCAGUGACAGAAAAAACGACACCACUUUCAGGGGGGUGGUGGUGACGACGUCGAGUGAUCUGGAUGUGGAUACGGUGAACAGCUUAAGACCGGGUCUGAAGAAGAAAAAUGGGGUGUCCUUGAAAAUUGAAAUGGAUACCAGAGUGAUGGUGAAAAUGGGUGGAUCGGGGAGCAAGAAGGUGGGAAUUAGGGUUACCUGCGAUGGGAUUAAAGGGAGUAUUCCCAAAGGUAUGUCGCCGUCGUUGGCUAACGUUUCUGGGGCUAAAUGUAAAGUUGAUCUAAGGAUAAAGAUCUGGAACUGGACCUUUUGAGAACAAAAAAGUUUAGGUUUUUAUUUUUUGAAUCCAAUUGUUUUAUCUUAAAUUCCAAAAUAGAUGUUAUAAUAGCUCGAGAGAAUUAGUACAAGUAAUUUAAUU